CUGGAUGUGUCCUUGGCAUUUUUGCAGUAGCUGCCCUAUGGAAGCUUAUCUUUUUUGUUCAAAUUGUCCAGUUUCAUAUUGUCGAAAACAUUUACCAUCAGGCCUAAUGAUACAGCGCAAAUCAUUUAGAUGUGAUAAUUGUAAGAGACCUCAUGAGGCCUGUCCUUCAACAGAACCUUCAGAAAGUCAGAAUUCAUUGGCUGCAUUAGUGAGCCAGAGCUCAUCAGCUCCAUCUUUGAAUCAGUAUCCAGGUGAAGAACUAGCAUUUAAUUCAGAAUGUGAUAGAUGUUGCCAACAGAAAUCCUUUUGUGGCUAUGCAAAUUGCAGUGGUAUUGGGAGAAAUUUGUCUUCGAUCUUCAAAAUUUCAAAAUCAUUAGAAAAUAAAGAGCAUGUGAUGAAUAAAGCCCCUAUUAGAAGGAAGUCAAAACGAAAGACUGAAACGGACGAUGGGGAAGAUAAUCAUUGUUUCAUUUGUAAAAAUCCCGGAUCUCUUCUUUUAUGCGAUAAAAAAGGAUGUAUCAGAGCUUACCACAUUCGCUGUAUUGGUAUGGAGACCAUACCAGAAGGAGAUUGGAUGUGUCCUUUGCAUAUUUGCAGUAUUUGCUGUUCGGUAGCAUACUACUUUUGUUCAAAUUGUCCAGUUUCGUAUUGUCAAAAACAUUUACCAUCAGGCCUGAAGAUAUGGGGCAAAAAAUUUAGAUGUGAUAAUUGUCAGAGACCUCAUGAGCCCUGUUCUUCAACAGAACCUUCAGAAAAUCCGAAUUCAUGGGUUGCAUUAGUGAGCCACAGCUCAUCAGCUCCAUCUCUAAAUCAGUAUCCAGCAGGUGGAAGAUGUGGACAGCUCUGUCCUUCAUCAGGACCAUCCGGAACUCUGAACUCAGUGCCUGCAUUAGUGAGCCAGAGCUCAUCAGCUCCGUUCUUAAAAGAACAUGCAGUUAAGUGGAGACCAGUGGUCUCCUUCAAUUUUGCAAUACUUUAUUUAUUAGAAGAAAUAACAUUAAUAUGAAAUAUCAUAAUUAUGCAUUUAAAACAGUAAGUCA